AUGUCUCCUGCUCAGUGGUCGGCUCUGGUCUUCAUCUUACUGUCGUCGGAAAAACCUCUGGAUGAGUUUGACCUGGAGAAAUACUCUGCUUCAGAUGAGGCUCUACUGAGGCUGCUGCCGGUGCUCAAAGCCUCCAGCAAAGCGCUGCUGCGCCGCUGUGACCUUGCAAAGAGAAGCUGGGAACUUCUGUCAUCAGUUGUCAUCUCCUCGUCCUCCAGUCUGCCAGAGCUGGACCUGAGCUACAGCAACCUGCAGGACACAGGAGUCAGGUGUCUCUCUGCUGUACUGAAGAAUCCACUCUGUAAACUGGAAGCUCUCAGAUUGAAGGGCUGCUUUUUGUCAGACAUUAGCUGUGUUUCUCUGGUCUCAGCUCUGAACUCCAACCCAUUCCAUCUGACACAUCUGGACCUGAGUUCCAAUGAGCUGCAGGAUCCGGGAAUGAAGCAGCUGUGUAGUUUUCUGGAGAGUCCACACUGCAGACUGAAGACUCUGAGAUUGAGGAGCUGCAGUUUGUCAGAGGUCAGCUGUGAAUUUCUGGUCUCAGCUCUGAACUCCAACCCCUCCCAUCUGACACAUCUGGACCUGAGUUCUAAUCAGCUGCAGGAUUCAGGAGUGAAGCAGCUGUGCGGUUUUCUGGAGAGUCCACACUGCAAACUGGAGACUCUGAGCUGGCAGUGAUGGUGCACAGAAGGGCGUGUG